AUGCGCGGCGGGGAGGGCGCUUCGCGGGCCCCAGUGCUCCAGCUCACCAACUGCCGCAUCCUGCGGGGCCGGAGGCUGCUCAGGGAGGAUCUGUGGGUGCGCGAGGGCCGCAUUCUGGACCCAGAGAAGCUCUUCUUUGAGGAGCGGCUCGUAGCCGACCAGCGGCGGGACUGCGGGGGCUGCAUCCUGGCGCCCGGCUUCAUUGACGUGCAGAUCAACGGUGGAUUUGGCGUUGACUUCUCCCAGGCCACAGAGGAUGUGGGUUCGGGAGUUGGCCUGGUAGCCCAGAGGCUCUUGUCGCACGGAGUCACCUCUUUCUGUCCCACCUUAGUCACCUCGCCACCAGAGGUUUAUCACAAGGUCCUUCCUCAGAUCCCUGUGAAGAGUGGUGGUCCCCAUGGGGCAGGGGUCCUCGGUGUGCACCUGGAGGGUCCGUUCAUCAGCCGGGAGAAGCGGGGAGCGCACCCCGAGGCCUACCUGCGCUCUUUCGAGGCCAACGCCUUCCACGACGUUCUGGCCACCUACGGGUCCCUGGACAACGUUCGCAUCGUCACGCUGGCUCCUGAGCUGGGCCGUAGCCAGGAGGUGAUCCGGGCCCUGACGGCGCGUGGCAUCUGCGUGUCCCUAGGGCACUCUGUGGCUGACCUGCAGGUUGCAGAGGAAGCCGUGCAGAGCGGGGCUACCUUCAUCACCCACCUCUUCAACGCCAUGCUGCCUUUCCACCACCGUGACCCUGGCAUCGUGGGGCUCCUGACCAGUGACCGGCUGCCCCCAGGCCACCACAUCUUCUACGGAAUGAUCUCCGACGGCAUUCACACCAACCCUGCCGCCCUGCGCAUCGCCCACCGGGCCCAUCCCCAGGGGCUGGUGUUAGUCACCGACGCUGUCCCUGCCCUGGGCUUGGGCAAUGGCCGACACACGCUAGGGCAGCAGGAGGUGGAAGUGGAUGGGCUGACGGCCUAUGUGGCAGGCACCAAGACCCUGUGCGGCAGCAUAGCUCCGAUGGACGUGUGCAUCCGGCAUUUCCUGCAGGCCACAGGCUGCAGUGUGGAGUCGGCCCUGGAGGCUGCGUCACUGCACCCCGCCCAGCUACUGGGACUGGAGAAGCUCAAGGGAACCCUGGACUUUGGGGCUGAUGCAGACUUCGUGAUGCUCGACGACUCCCUCCGCGUCCAGGCCACCUACAUCUCAGGCGAGUUGGUGUGGCAGGCGGCGGCGGCGGCCAGGCAGUGA